AUGCUUUCAGUAGCAAGAUUAGAUUUCGAUAAACUGGAUGCUUUUUGCAAGGACAAUAGGAUUCCCGUAGAUGACAUUCCAAUGAAGAUUCCGAAAGAAGUCGCAGAGACGAGAUAUCCGAAGCGCAACAUACCCAAGAUCUCUUACAAGGAGAAAGACAUUCCGAGUGACGAUGAAUUUUUAUAUUGCGAUUUAUGUGGAGAUGAGUACGAAGGACCCUGUCCAGUGCAUGGCCCCAUGUUACUGGUGUGUGAUCAAAAGGUUCCAAAAGGGGUCCCAGAUCGAGCUAAGAAGACUCCUCCCCCUUUCCUGUCAGUCGGAUAUUCGGGAAUCCGGAAAGCAGGACUCGGGAUCUGGUCGGAAAAGUCUCUCCCACGGGGCACCGUCUUCGGACCCUACGAAGGGGACAUCAUACGGGAACGCUGGGAAGCCAAGCGGAGUGGAUACGCCUGGGAGAUUCGUAAAGGCGGUCGCACGGACCACUUCAUUGAAGGAGCAGAUGAGAAGUCCUCGAACUGGCUCCGGUUCGUGAACUGCGCCAACGUGGAAGAGAAGCAGAACCUGGUGGCUUUCCAGUUCCGCAAAGAUGUCUAUUACAGGACGUACAAGCCCGUCCUGGAGUUCACGGAAUUGUUCGUCUGGUACGGAGAUGCCUACGGGCGAGAACUUGGGGCACAAAUCAAGAGAAAGGUCUCGUUGAAUGAAAGGGAAGUGACUGGGGUGGAGUGCGACUUCUGCCACGCCCUCUUCUCCUCUCCCGAUGUGAUGGAGAAGCACCGGAAGAGACAUCGGCACAUGGGGCCGGACAGGAGACACCGCUGCCCCCACUGCGAAUACUCCACGGACAGAGCUAGUCACAUGAGACGUCACCUGGCCGCCCACGACGGGGUGAAGAGUCACAAGUGCCCCGAGUGCGGAAGGGCCUUCACUCAAAAGCAAGAUCUCUCCCGACACGUCCGCACGCACACCGGAGAGAGGCCGUUCCGGUGCGGUGCGUGCGGAAAGGGGUUCACGCAGAAGGGCAACCUCCUCAUACACGAGAGGAUCCACAGCGGGGAGCAGCCCUUCCUCUGCCCGGAGUGCGGGAAGGGAUUCAAACAACAGAAUAGUCUCGUCUAUCACCUCCGGACCCACACGGGACAGAGACCCUACAGAUGCACCCAGUGCCCCUACAGGAGUGCACGGUCAUCUCAUCUGAAGGGGCACGUCAUCGCCCAUCACUCGAAGGACUAUCCUCACGUGUGCGAAGAAUGCGGGAAAGGAUUCGUAAGGCCUUCACAUAUGAUCAAACACAAGACAAAAGCACAUAAAAAUAAUUAA